AUGCGAAGUCAAGCCCGCGUAGUCAAGUACACGGAGCUGAGGAGGAUAGGCGAAGGUAAGAUGCCAGGGGUAGGUUCGACUCCUAGGUCAGGUUCCAUAGCGAAGAUUCCGAAAGAACAUCAGAGACUGAGACCCGGAACCAUCGAACCCUUGGCUUUAUGUCCGGCCUGGGAAAAGUCGGUUACCAGACAGACCAAUAAGGACGAGACGAGCAGAGAGAGGAGACAGACUCCAAAGGGGAGACUUCGAAUAGGGACGAGCUUGACAUCGAUCGAGCACUGCCCUGUCUCUUCUACGGCUUGGGAAUCUAAAGAAAGCGGGGACCGAUAUCUCGGAGUACUCAGUGGAGGAUAUAGGGGAGAAGUAUGUAUUCCUAGAUUGGCUAGCUGUAAACCUUACAUGUUGUCAUCGACCUAUCAAAAGAAAGCAAAUGCUCUUCUAUGGUCCUCAAAAGACACUGAUCAUUCAUUUUUGAAAGUCAGUUCUUCGAAUCUAUUUCUUCUCUUUCUUAUCGGAAGUCUUUUGUCGCGCGAUGAACCGGGUGAAGAAAACCAACGAUCAAUAGCCAGAUGGGGAUACCCGCAAGUGUUGGUUCGAGUCCAGCUCGUCAGCUCAGCAGAAAUGAAUGUAGAAGUAGAACCCUUAGCUUAG